CGACCUGGGCAUCUACUUGUACGGCAGCGACUUGUACGGCAACAGCUUGUACGGCAGCAGCUUGGACGGCAGCAGCUUGGACGGCAGCAGUGGCGGCAGCAGCAGCAGCUGCCUGCUGUCCAGGAUGGAGGCCCAGCUGCUGUCGUACACCGCUGCCUGCGGGCUGCAGCACACGGGAGGCAGGGUGCGGCAGGAGGCGCGGGCCAGGAGGCGGCGGGGGGCGGUGGGAGGAGGAGGAGGAGGAGGAGGGGCGCUGGGGGUUGCAGUGGAUCCGGGUGCAGAGGAUCCCCCGGGUCCCGCGGCAGUCGCUGAUGCGCUCUCACCAACCCCCCCGGGCGUCGGCUUACCAGCUGGCAGCAGCAGCAGCAGCGGCAGCAGCGGCAGCAGCAGCGGCAACAGCGCGGUGACCCCUACACAGCAAGCAACGCCGGUGGUGGAGGAGGAAGAGGAGGAGAUGGCGGCGGCGGGGGGUACAGGCGCGAGCGCGCCCCCCGGUGCGGGGGCGGGAGCAGCUAGGGACGCAUGCACCACACUGGCAGGAGAGGGAGCCGCCAACGCAGCGGAAGGGGGUCAGCACCCGGGUGCUGCUGUGGCGGGCAGCGAGGUGUGUGCUGCGCAGUGGGGUGCACAUGAGCCGACACGGGGUGCUGCACAUGAGCCGAGUGUCGGGCUCCCAGAGCCGAACACGGUCCAGGCCAAGGCCAGCAGGAGUGACGGUCAGGGCCCGGACUGCUCCUCCUCCGCUGCUGCAUCAGCACCAGCAGCAGCAUUGGCAGCAGCAGCAGCAGGUGGCACUGGCAGUAAGAACGGCGUACGGCAGGCGGAUUCACACGCCCCGCUCAAGGGCGGUGUACGGCAGGCCGCCCCGCCCGCCCCGCUGCUUCCGCUGGUGUGCCGCGCCGCGCUGGUGGUUGCGGGGGCGGUGCGUGAGGCCCGGGAGGAGGCGCGGGAGUACGAGGGGUACGUCGCGGGGUGGACGGCGACGCAGGCGCACACCAUCCAAGCCGUGGAGGUCCUUGGACUGCUGUUCGGCCUCCUCCGCGCCCGCCACACCGCCCCCAUCACCCCCACCAUCGCCCUGCUCGCCAUCCUCCGCUGCAGCGUCAGCAUCGUCACGUUCGCCGCCUGGCUGCUGCUGCCGUACAGCUCCUGGCGCCGGCUGGGGCAGGCGGCGCGGCUGCCGCGCUUCGCUGCUAGCCUGGCCUCCAAGUCCCUGAAGCUGCUGUUCCGCGCCAUUCCGCCGCUCACGUUUGCUGCGUACCAGGCGGGGUGGGGCGUGGUGCUGGUGGAGGGGCUGCUGUUGCCCGCGACAUGCCUGCUCUCACCCAGAGGUGCACUGCUGCUCUCAGCGCUGCGGCUCCCCCUCAACGCCGCCGUCGCCUCUGCCUACCUUGACAAUAGGGGGCAGCAGUGCUUCUGGUGGCGCUGCAGCGCUGGCGGUCUGGCAACAGGGAUUGCGGCAAACGCCCCUGGCCUCUCCUCCUGCCCCUCCUCCUCCUCCUUCCCCUUCCCCUCCUGCCUGUUCUCCCCCUCCUGCUCCUGCCGCCGCGGCCUGCUGCUGGCGGCCCGGGUGGAGGCUGCCGCCCUGGCCACCACCGCCGCAUGCCACAUCUUCCUCAGGGUGUGCUGCGCCAGGAGCAGGGGCAGGAGCCGCAAGAUUCAAACGUAUGGAUUGAGCUCGUCUACGGUGUCAUGAACACCGCUUUCGGAGUGCUCCUCUUCUCAUGGUACCACGGCAUCGACCAGCCUCACAUCCGCGGCGUCAGCUUCGCCCAAGUCCUGGCACACCGACUGCUGGCGACUUGCACCACGGUCUACCUUCUUUCCUGGUUCCGUUCACGGCGUCCCCGGCAGCACCCACACCCUCGUUCGCCGCAACUGCAAGACCGAGCUCAGCAAACGGGUGGAGCAGGCAGCACUCUGGAUGCUGGUGCCGGAGGUCAGGGCUGCAAAGGUGCUUUGUUAGCGGGUGACGGCACAUGCAAGGCGGCGGCAGGGCAGGGCUUGAGGUGGCGCGUGCAGCGGCCCCAGGCGACUUCUCCGUCAAACACCACCUCCUCCCAUCUUACACGCGAGGCGACCCAAAUGCCUCCUCAGGGCUCCAAAAACAAACCUUGCGGCGAGGAAGGAAGCGGGGAAGAGAGUAUCAUGCCAGCAGUCCACAGCCCCUUGACGCCGGCUGCGCCAACCGCCACCGCUGCUGUUGCACCAACCUCCGCGCCUGCUACCGCCGCCGCCGCAGCAGCAGCAGCUGCAGCAGCUGCCAUCCCCAGUGCCCCCACCACCGCAGCCCCCACCACCUCCCACACUGCUGGGGGAACCGACAUGCAGUCUCCCGUCCUUCCAUCACUUCCACUUCAGCGUCCGCCACGGCAUCCCCGUUACACGCCCUUCCUGCAGCCCGCCACCUGCUAUCUCAAGAUCCAAGGCGUCGAGCCAGAGCAGCUUCGUCCUGGCUGGCAGGAGGAGCUUGGUCGUGUGGUUUCGGAGCGCGGUUCCUCGCGGGUGCUCCUCGGGUGCUACGUACGGCGGGGCUGCGUGGAGCUUGUGAUUGAG